AACUAAAUGGGGGCCCGGAACGUUUGUCCGCGCAGUGCUGGUUUCGGGCGGAGCGGAUACAAGCGGGACGCAAUAGACAGGGAACCGGAAGUUCAUGUGAGGAAAGUUUAUGUGAAAGGCAAGUUUCCCUAUAGUUGUCAUUUUCUCAAUUCAGGAGCCCCUACAUGUAACCUGGGAGGAAGGAGCUCUAUAAUCCGGAAUGGGUCCCUUGUCCCUGUACAGGAAGUUCCUUGUUGUCCCUGUGAGGAGAGGCCAGUGCUAUGGGCAGACUGUGACUGUGGCUGACGAGAAGCUCCUAGGACUGGGGCACAGGGGGGUGUCUGGGGGUGAUAUCCAGAAGCUGCUGGAGGAGGCGGAAGUGGAAGUCACAGAGGAGGGGGGAGUCCCACCCAGAGGCCCCAGGAGAGCCCCUAAAUCAAGCAGCAUUGUGCUGUUCCCUGGGCAGGGCAGUCAGCAGGUGGGAAUGGCCAAAGGUCUCCUCAAGUUCCCCAAUGUCAGGGAAAUGUUUGACGUUGCGCACAGGCUGCUGGGAUAUGAUCUGCUGGAGCUGUGCCUGCGGGGCCCCCAGGAGACCCUCAACAAGACGGUGCAUUGCCAACCCGCCAUCUUUGUCACCUCCCUGGCAGCCACCGAGAAACUGAGCCAAGAGAAUCCUGAGGCCGUGGAGUCGUGCGUGGCUGUUGCUGGAUUCAGUGUCGGGGAGUUUGCAGCUCUUGUGUUUGCUGGAGCUUUGGACUUCACUGAAGCUCUGUACGCAGUGAAGGUUCGGGCAGAGUCCAUGCAGGAGGCAUCUGAAUUGGUGCCAAGCGGAAUGCUGUCAGUGAUUGGGCAUCCCCAGACCAAGUACAACGCUGCUUGCGCAGAAGCCCGAGAGCACUGCCGCUCCCUUGGCCUGCAGGAUCCCGUGUGUGAAGUGGCAAACUACCUGUUCCCAGAUGGGCGGGUGAUUGCAGGACAUGUAGAGGCCCUGAAAUAUUUACAAUCAAAUUCUCGGAAAUACCGUUUCCUGCGCACCAAACUGCUCCCCGUGAGCGGCGCCUUUCACACGAGAUUAAUGGAGCCGGCCAGGGAGCCUUUGUGUAAAGUCUUAAAGAACUUGAACUUCAAGCAGCCGUACGUGCCCGUCUUCUGCAACGUGGACGGCAAGCGCUACAAACGGGCGUCCAACAUCCACCAGCUCCUGACCAAACAGGUGGUGUCGCCCGUCAAGUGGGAGCAGACGAUGCACGCUAUUUACGAAAGGAAAAAGGGAACCGAUUUCCCGUAUACCUUCGAAGCGGGUCCCGGGAAGCAGCUGGGAUCUGUCUUAAAAAAGUGCAACUUGAAGGCGUGGCACUUCUACAGAGACAUUGAUGUUUUUGAAGAACAGGAGUCGGGACAAACCUAAUUAUAUAUAUAUCUAUAUAUAUAUAUAUAGAUAUAUAUAUAUACACACAGUGCAUUUAGCUUAUAUUCUCAGGAAUAUGGUUUUAUUGAGUAAAGAGAAACCAAUGGACUUUUCUUCUACUUCAUUGUGUGUCUACAUUGUUUGUAUAAUCAGAAUAUUGUUUUAAAUACUGUUUCAUAUAA